AGCGCAAUCGUCAGUCAGCGAGAAAUUCUUGUCGGAGUUGGAGUGGUGUUGUUGUGCUCUGGUGGUUGAACUGUUAUUUAUUCUGGCAAUUAUUUAUUCUGGCAAAUGGUUGUAUAUUUAUAUUGUGUGCGCUUCACGUAAUUGCUUACAUUGACUCACGCGAGAAGUCUGAUGAGUGAAGCCAUGAGUGUCGGAGCGCUCCGGCUGGCGGUGAUCGCCCUGCUGGCGGUGGCUGCGCCUGUCUUCGGCCGCCGGUUCCACACGCGUGGCGAGCCUGCCGUGCGUCCGCAUCACAGCUCUCGGCCCGUCGAGUUCCACAUGCCACCCUAUCAGCCCAAAGAGAAUGACGCCUACGUGUGUACGGGCAUUAAGGUGUCGGAUUUGGCCGGUACGGAUGCCACCGUCUGGGUGACCCAGUACCGCGCCCUGAGUGAUGCCGACACGGCCCAUCACAUGCUGCUCUUCCAGUGCGACGACCUGACGCCUCAGCAGCGCGCCGCCGGAAAAUGGGAGUGCGGCCACCACGGCGUCUGCCAGAACAGCCAGGUGAUGUACGCCUGGGCCAAGAACGCGCCGGCCACCAAGCUGCCUGACGAUGUCGGCUUCAAGAUCGGCGGCACCACGCAGCACAAGUACCUCGUGCUGCAGAUUCAUUACGCUCACCCACUGCCAGCGCCGGAUACGAGCGGCGUGGAGCUGAUGGUUUCAGAGAAGCCCCAAAAGUACCAGGCCGGUAUCUAUCUGCUGCUGGACGGAUCGGUAGUCAUCCCACCAAACACGCCAGUGACGCACGCCGACGUUAACUGUCAGUUUAACGGAGAGAACACUCUGACUGCCUUCGCGUAUCGCGUGCACGCCCACAAGCUGGGCAAGGUCAUCACCGGCUACCGCUACAACACACAGAACCAGACUCUGGUAGAGAUGGCUCGCGGUAACCCGCAGUGGCCCCAGGCGUUCUACCCGAUGAAGCACCCGAUCGAUAUCCAUCCCGGUGACCUGGUGCACGCACGCUGCACAUUCGACUCGACGGGACGAAACAGGACCACAAGGAUUGGCGCCACCUCGGCGGACGAGAUGUGUAACCUGUACGUCAUGUACUACACGGACGCCGAGAAGGGACGCUCGGCGUUCGCCUGUAUGGGUGAGAACGUACCGGAGUUGACGGACGCCCUGCCGGCCAACAGCGACCAGCCACUGCCGCCCAACCCGCUGCUGGAGGAGCACGCCAAACAUACCCAUAAGGAGGACAUGACCAAGACACUUCAGUACAACGUGGCUGCGACGGGCUCGUCGGCCGGCGCAGCGGACAUGCAGUCGGAACAGCAGCCGGAGCAGCCGGAGCUGCAGCCUAUCGGCACUGUACUCAAUCCGGACGACUACGAGCCGGGACGGAUCGCCAAGGCGCUUGGAGGUGUCCAGUUCGUACACAACUGGGGCGGCUCGGCACACACGUUCGGUCAGGCGGUGGCCGUGUCUGUCGACCUCUCGGGUAACGUGGUAGUGUUCCACCGCGCCUCACGCGCCUGGAGCGGUGGCUCGUUUAACGGCAACCGUCUGCGCGAUACCAGCUCGCCCAUUCCGGAGAACACCAUCGUCUAUCUGCGCAACGAUACGGGAGAGAUUGUCUUCCAGAUGGGCGCCAGAUUCUUCUACAUGCCUCACGGCCUGACCAUCGACCACGAGGACAACGUGUGGUGUACCGAUGUCGGCAUGCAUCAGGUGUUCAAGUUCAGCCCGCGCGGCGGGGACGGUACGCCGCAGCUCACCCUCGGCACCAAAUUCGAGCCCGGCUCGGACGACUAUCACUUCUGCAAGCCCACCUCGGUGGCUGUGAUGCGCGACGGCUCGUUCUUCGUGGCUGACGGCUACUGUAACACGCGCAUCCUCAAGUUCGGCCCCGGUGGCGGCCGGCCAGUGCGCACCGUCGGCCGGGCAUCAAGUACGUUCGCUAUUUUUGGCUCACUGCUCGGCCGUCCUCCUGCACUGGACGAGUUCAACAUCCCUCACUCGCUGACGCUACUCGAGGACCGCAACAUGAUCUGUACGGCGGAUAGAGAGAACGGACGCGUCGUCUGUUUCCGCGCCUCCGACCUCAGCGCUACGGAUGUUACCAUCAACUGGCAGCGCUCGAGGAUCUACGGCCUGGCGUAUUCGCCGCGCGAUGGAGGUGCCCUCUUUGUUGUCAACGGGCCCAACUAUGCCGGCAAUAAGGUUCAGGGUUACGUGGUGAGCGUGACGUCCAAGAGUGUGACGUCCACGUUCAGUCCGGACGGUAACGGCCUCUCGAACCCGCACGAUGUGGCCGUGUCUCGGGACGGCUCGGCCGUCUAUGUGGUCGAGCUGAACCCGCGCAAGGUGUGGCGCUUCAACGUCGACGGUCCCCACACCGCUCAGAAGAAGUCGAACGUGCAGACGAGCGCAGCGGCUGGCGUAGCGGGAGGUGUUCAAGACCCCACGGUGGAGUUUGUCAAGUCUCCGGACGCUGCUGGCGACGACUCGGCGGCGCCGUCCCUCUCCGGGCACGCUAAGCUGGCGAUGGCAGCCCUGUUCGGAGUCCCUGUGGUGCUGUUUGUGGUCAUCAUGGCCGUGCUGCGACUCAGGAAGAGAAACCAGCGGCGGCGGUUCUUCCUGCAUAACCUGAACGACGGCCCCGGCCACCGCAAAACCCUCGACUCGCUGCUAGGAACAAAGUCUCGCCAGGGCUUCGAGCCGCUCGCUACCCAGGAUCUAGACGACGACUCAGAUAGUGAUGUAGAGGAGUUCAUCGCUAAGAUCAAGUCGCGCACCUGAGAGGCGAGUGAGGACGAUCCGUGAUUGGACAGUCCUGGGAGGGGUAAGUGAGGUAGGAGAAUUGAGGCGGGUUUCGCGGUGGACAGGACCGCUCAGUGAUGAAGUGACGCGGUGUGGAUGCCGGACAGUGAGAGGUGGUGAUGUGUCUCGCGGACUGCCUGUUGACGGUAUGGUGACUGUACGGCAGUUUUGGCACUGAACCGCAGUGCCGAAGGAUGGUGGUUGUGACGAAUGUUGCGAAACCACGGCACUGAAUUGCAGCACAGUGGUGACAGUGAGGAUGGUUAGUGCAGUGGACUAAAGCACAGACUGUGGUGACAGGAUGGUGAUUGUGACGAAUGAUGCGGAACUUCUGAACUGGGUCCAGUGCAGUGGUGACAGGUGGUUGUGAUGAAUGGUGCGGAACCACUGGACAGGACGACUGGAGUGAUGUGGCAAAGUGGCCAUAUGAUGAACUCACUGCGCUGCAGUGGCUGGCUGGAAUCUGCUGCUCCCAGCGCAUGGAACCUGCCCUCGCCGGCAAAUGAAAAUUGCUCUUGCCAGGGUAUGGAACCUAUCCAUGCCAAUGCAUGAGAUCUGAUAAGUCCAUGUGUCGACCGUGCCAUUCUCUACCUGGCGGCGCUGGCUGCGUCUCCCGCAGACUGAAUCUACUUACGAGUAUCCUAAGAGAACCGGUUUCGGCUGUUCUACUUGGCACUAUCAGACCGAGACGAAGACGAACACCAAACUACUUACCGGGCUUACGGGGCUGUUUCAUAGACAUGAUCUGUCGUGAUGCUUCUUCGUUUUGUAUGACUGUUUUUCAUACUCCUUGCUUUUACAUUCCUUGAUGGUCGUGCAGUCUCGUGUAGACAACUGUCACAAAUUUUACCUGAAGCCGUUUACCAACUCCUAGAUUAGCAUCUUUUGACUUCGCUGCCAUAUAUUCCCACACUACUUAACCAUACCUAGAAUGCCCCGUAUGGCUGCAUCCAUGACCAGCCGCCAAACUGCGACGAACGGUGGCUGCGGGUGCGAGAAAGAGCGGUCAGCCGCGCCGUCUCAUUCUGUGGCCUGUGGUCACCAAAUGCGGUCGAUAACUGACCGUGAAUGCGAUUCGGUCGCGCUCUCAUUGCUGCACACUAGGAACAGUGACGGCUAGGUUAGAGGCGAGGGUCAUACAGACCGGUGCACUUACCGGAGACUGUAUAUAGGGCCUUGCCGGAGACCGGUCUAUGCCUUCCUGUUCUCCGCUGGAUCUGUGAAUUUUAACCCCGUUCGUAGACAGGGCUGUCUGUGUGUCUGCCCGUCUGCCUGUUCGUCUGUCCAUGUGUUUGGGUAGAUGUUCGUCGAGUUUCUCCCCGGCUACCUUAUUUGGCGUCGUUCGCCGCUCGCUCUGAAUCUUUCCAUAAUAGGCGAUGGUGUUUAGUUUCGCUGUUUUUCAGUUGGAUGUAAGAUAUUGUGGCGACACUGGUAUUUUACCCCGUUCGCUGAUAGACUGUGACCUUGAAGGAGUAGGGAUCUAGGCGGCUAGCAAGUGUUGUCGAAGCCUUUUUUGCUUUUAUCAGCACAAUUCUGAUGGUGCUGAUUUGGAAGGCAUUCAUACCUAGACACGGGGUUGUUGGCUGGAAUUGUACUAUUUUAUUCAUUGGUUUUGGUAUAUUUUAUUUUAAUAUAUUUAAAUAUGCGUUAUUAGUGAACGAUAACGUGAAUAAAUGUGAAUCUUUCUA